AACAACAAUAAUGGCAGAUUCUAUGGACGUCGAUACACCCGCCCCAGCCGCUGGCGGCUCUGCCGUUCCCAAGAAGAAAGAGGGAAAGGAGGGCGGAAAGCCCAGAUUUGAAGUGAAAAAGUGGAAUGCUGUAGCCCUGUGGGCUUGGGACAUCGUCGUCGACAACUGCGCUAUCUGCAGGAAUCACAUCAUGGAUCUCUGCAUUGACUGCCAGGCCAACCAAGUAUCCGCCACGAGCGAGGAAUGCAAUGCCGCCUGGGGUAUCUGCAACCACGCCUUCCACUUCCACUGCAUAUCCCGUUGGCUCAAGACACGAAAUGUCUGCCCCCUCGACAACAGAGAGUGGGAACUCCAGAAAUACGGACGAUGAUCACCAGCACCGCACCAGUUACGUUUUUCCGCUUCCAUUCGAUUCACCCUUGUACGCUAUCGCAUGUAAUAUAUCCAUCGCCUUUGGCCCUGAA